AUGGUCAGACUGCUGCGUUCCCCAGGCAGCUAUGGUUUUGCACCUGCUGCUGCUGCAGGUGGAGCCCCCAAAGCCGGCUGCUGCGCAGCAGCAACGCCAGCGCAGUGCUGCCAACUACGUCAGGAGGUGCUAGCGGAACUGCAGCUGCAGCGUCAGCAGCUUCUGCAACGCAGAUGGCUGACACGUGAUCUUCUGUUUCUGCAGCAUCUCCCGAGCCGGCGUAGCUGGCGAUCUGCCGCUGGUGCUGCCUUGCAAGCUCAGCGCUGGGUGGAAGAACGACUGCGAGCGCUCCUCACAGAAAGGUCGCAGCAUCAGCAGCAGCAUAACUUGCAUCAGUCUUUAGUUGACCGGCUAACGAGUCUUGGCCGGCGCAGCAGGAGCAGCUGCAACAGCAGCAACACCACUAGCGGAAACUUUUGGCAGUUGUUGUGGACCGGCUUUGUUGCAGCUGCUGCUGCAGUAACAGCAGCAAUGGCUGCUUCUCCUACGGUGGUCGCGGGGGGCGACUUGGCGGGGGGAAGGGCAGUUCCAGCAGCAACCUCGCGCAACAGUCUCAACAGUUGGGUUGCCUCAAGCUUGCUGCAGUGCAGUGGCAGUGCCCUGUCCUUUUGGGGUGUAUGCACGGCUGGAGCACGCAUACAACAGGCGCUUGGAAUUUCGUGUUCUUCCGUUCUUUCCAAGCCUUUUGGCUUGCUUACAAUAGCCGUGGCUUCCAAUGCUGCUGCUGCAGCUGCUGCUGCUGCAGGCUUCGCGUGCAGCAGGCUGCAGCAGCUGCACGCCGGCAACAGUAUCGGCGCCUCCGGGUGGCUCGAAGCAGCAAAGACUCUGCAACAGGAAACUCGAGGAAAGUGGGGGGGCCUGCUGCUGCAGCACCAUCCCCGGGCGUCUUCUUUGGCCCUCACCACCACCAGCAACAGCAACAGCAGCAGCGGCAGCGGCUGCAGGCAAAGUUUGCUGAGGCUUUUUGCGGGGGAGACCAUUAAUUGUUUGCUGCUCUACUAUUUGCUAGGUGGGCGUCUGUUCCGUCUGUCUCCUUCGAGUUUGGUGGCUCCCGGGGCGUUCAGUGACAGGGCUUUGUCUCUAUCUGCCUCUACGGUGUACGCGUCAGACACUGAGCGGCGUUUGAUUAAGAAGGUGGGGCUGCGCUUUGGGUGCCACACGUGCGGGACCCGAUCGCGGAGCACGCGUUGGGUGGCGGACCACCAGCCCCCUACCGCCCAAGUCCUAAACUAUGAAAGGACUGGCCUAGGCAGGGUGCUGGGGACGCUGCGAAGGCUGGUGGGGGGCUCGAAGUACUGGCCCCAGCGCCUCUACCCUCACUGUGAAAGCUGCAGCCUCAAGCAGGCCAUCGUGGUACGGCGUCAAACAGCGGCUGCUGCUGCUGCUUCUGUGGCCGCUGCCACCCCGCUCACAGUAGCAGCCGCCGCAGCCAAGCUGAGAGAGAAGAAGAAUCUUCUGCAGCGGCAGCAGCUUGUCUACAGAUGGAAAAGCCUCAGGUUGUGGCAUUUCACUGGAGGCAUUCUCACUCUUAUUCGCUGCGUCGAUGCCCUGUAA